ACGGCGCAGCGCACAUCUCACAGAGAGCAGAACUUGUAGACUUGUGAAAGUCUCUGGCGAGUGCAAAUGUAUCUUAAACAUUCUUGAGAUGCGUAAAAGCGCACGUCUUUCGUGGUCAGUAUGUAGUGGAAUAUUUGACAUCGUAAAGUGACCGCGCUUAUUUGGAGAAGUCACGAUGCGUCUGAGGCACGCGUAAAGAAAUCUUCCUGAGUGUUAUCGGUCUGCAUGUAGGUAGAGAUAUAGCGAGGAUGAACGGAACGAAUAGUACGAAUCAUGGCGGGGGACCUCGGGAUCCUACUAUUCCGAUUAUAAUGUUUAUAUUCGGAGUGGUAGGCAACGUGAUAGCCAUUGUAGUACUUCAGAAGUCGCGGAAAGAGCAAAAGGAGACGACAUUUUACACCCUGGUGUGUGGACUUGCUGUUACUGACCUAUUGGGCACGCUGCUGGCGAGCCCCGUCACCGUUGCCACCUAUGUGAAGGGUCAGUGGCCCGGUGGGGAAGCUCUGUGCCAAUAUUCCGGAUUUAUUUUACUCCUUUUCUUCUUGGCAGGACUUAGUAUUAUUUGUGCUAUGUCUGUUGAGAGAUACCUCGCCAUCAACCACGCUUAUUUCUACAGUCGUUACGUGGACCAGCGGGUGGCGGGCUUGACACUCCUGGGGAUCUAUGUGUCCAAUGCGCUUUUCUGCGCUCUUCCCAGUAUGGGAUUGGGGAACGUGGUGAAGCAGGAUCCAGGAACGUGGUGUUUCAUCGACUUGCAGAGCAACGCCAGCACGGAUGGUACUUUCUCUUACAUGUAUGCCACCAUUAGCUCGCUUCUUAUUCUGGCUACCGUGAUCUGUAACGUGCUGGUGUGCGCGGCUCUGAUUAUGAUGCACAAGCGCUUCGUGCGCAGGACCUCGCUCGGCACUGAACAAGGGCGCAUCGCGGAGAUCAGGCGCAGGCGGAGUUUCGCUCGCCUUGCUGGAGCAGAGAUCCAGAUGGUCAUUGUUCUCAUAGCCACGUCUAUAGUCAUACUCAUUUGCUCCAUUCCAUUAGUGGUGCAAGUGUUUGUAAACCAGAUGUACCAUGAUUCACUACAGGAAGCGGUAGUGAAUAACCUCAAGGCUAUCCGAAUAGCUUCUUUAAACCCCAUUCUUGAUCCCUGGAUCUAUAUCCUCCUGAGGAAGACGGUCAUGCUGAAGCUGCUGGAAAAGAUCAAGUGCCUCUUCUGCCGUAUCGACGGGAGAAGUCAUGGGCGGAGCCACGCAGAAUUCCAAUGUAGUAAUGGUGGCUGCAACUCAUUGAUAGCUUCUCAUGAUUUACCGUCGCUGGCGAUGCCAGAGCUGCCGGAGAUGAUCUUCACGUCACAGACAUACCUGUAUUGCAUGGAGGGGGGGCAGGGGAUUAGCUGCUGUGGUCAUUCUGUGCAGAUUGGGAGUUGUUCGACUCCCACCGAGGAGACUCUUCUGUGUAACUCUAUGGCAUCGGAUCUCAGUAGUGGACACAGUUCAAGCCGGACAGAUGGGAGAGAACAGAGCACAGACUCACACUUACUCACACACUCGAAGACCGAUGAAGCCCAGCAUUUCAAAGACCAACCACUGCAUGUCACCUUUACAGGCGAGAACCUGAAUUUACAAGAAAGAUGCAUAUGAACGAUUUGAGAAUAUGCAAGCCAGGCAUGUGAGAGGGCUGUAAACCGGACAAACUUGAUUUUUAUCAAGUAAAGAAAGUAAGGAGAGCAACAAGGAAUUGAUGAAAUUGAAAAAUGGACAUUGCCGAGAAAUAAGCCAAAGCACUAAACUUCAUACAAAUCAUGAUGCACCCUUUGUACUCAAAAACAAACAUGUCUACUAAAAUGCAAAAAAAGGGGGGCAAAAUAAAUUUUGGAAAGUUUUUAACGUUAAAUAUUAUGGAGUUGAGCAACAGGAUAUGCUGACUACGCAGUCGAGAGAUGACAGUUCUACAAGAAGUGUUUUUGUUAACAUUGGCAGUUUUUAUUAAAAAAAGUAUAAAUUACUGUAUGAAUCUCUGCAGGAAGACGAUUUGAGAAGACCCAGGGAGGUGGUCAUUUUCUGUUCAAGAAUUUCAGACCACAUGAGAUUUUGAUGGAUGACCUUGUGGGUUGCUCUUGUGAGCAAAUAUGUGCUAUGCUGCUUCAAGUUCCCUUUUGCAGACAUUCUGGUGAGAUCUGGCUAGGGUCACAAGUUUAAAAAAAUCCAGAGUGCUGCGUUAGCUUUUCUCAUGCUGGGAGACCUGCAGCUUUAGGUGUUAUUUAAAUUAGCUUAUAUUAAGGUGGCAAGAAUACACUUAUCAUUUCUUUUGAUGCAUAAUCAACUGUCCACUAUUUCAAACGUGCACUUAUGAACGUAACUGUAGCUAGACGUAACUGAACAUUCUUUGGAUAUGUACAAUAUUCUGUGAAUUAACCAAAAAAUAUCAAUGGGUAUUGACAAUACAAUACAUUUUAUUGUAAUCCAGAAACACAAGCUACGAUUUAAGAGCACAUAACAAUGUAACAGGGAAUAUCAUUUCUACGGGCAUUUCAGUUUGGUUUUAUUUGUUGAAUGUAUUCUGAGGAGGUAAAAUGAUAAAGCUUUUAGGACGUAGAACGUCUUAAAUGAGGGCAUACGUGUUGCACUUUUAAAUCUAUGUAACCUGAAAGUCAACUUCUGUCAAAAUUGCUUUUUAAGAUUUUGGUCAGUUAGUUAUCAAUAAGGUGAAUUUGUUGAGUUAAUCUGUACAUAUUUGUGAUGUUAAAAUGUGUACCUGUCUCAUUGUAAUGGUUUCAUUUGUUGCAGUAUUUCUUGACAGUCUGUUAACCUCUUUCUUCUCUGUGAGAAGGUCAAAUAUGACAUAGUUCUAUUGAUGUCAAAGCAACUUUAUGGUAAGAAUUUAAUUCGUUCACAUGUUGUAGAUUUAAACUGUAAAUACACAUCAGUUGCAUGUAUGUAAAUAACCCAAAAUAAUGAUUCCCUUUUUUUUCCAAAAACAAAGUAACACAUGAAUUUCAAACCUUUUGCUUUUUACCCUUGAUGUGAAUGAACCCUAUGAAAUGUGCAAUGGUCAGUUAUUCAAUACUACAAUAAAAUCUGUCACUGAUUUGAAGUGUAACAGAUAAAUG